AUGGUUAGCGUUAGAAGACAAACUGCAAGUAUACGAGUAGAGCCACUGACCACCGUUGGCGCCAACUCUGCAGGUCAAAAGUCAGCAAGAGCGCGAAAACGCUCAGCCCGAACAACAGUCUUAAAGUUAUUUAAAGAUCUCUCGUCAUCUAUUCCGUAUUUCGGGAGUUUGAUCUUCUCCAGUUCAGCCGCAAAGGCAACUUGGAUAAGACGAUCCGAUGACAUCCUCAUAAUGUGA